AUGCUUAUUAACAGAGAGAGAGAGAGAAUAGCUAGAACGAUAACAACAUUGGAAAGAGAACUGAGCACCGGCAAGAUGAGCCCACCAACAAUGCCGGGGCCAAGAAUUUCCAGUAGAACUUCACUUCCAUCCGAAAAAUACUUCGCCACAGAGAAAAUCAAAUACCCAUACACGAGGAUGAGGAAUAUAUUUCCGACGAUAGUGUUGCUACAGGGCAUAAAACCAUAUGGUUCUUCACAGGUUUCCGAUGGAACCAAGCCGUUAAGAAGCAGAAAUAGCGGUUGA